AUGGUUAAGGCUAUACCCUUUGAGAAUAUAUCUUCGUCUUCGACCGUGAUCUCAUCUAUCGACACCACGACUAAGCUAACCUCGACUACUAAGAUCUCUUCGACAACUAAGGUCUCUACCUCUGCGGCCUCCUCGACAUCAGAGCUAGCCACCACCACCACUACUACUAUAGAGACCACAUCAUCGGCUUCCACGACUAUAGAGUCAACCACUAUGACCGCGACGGCUUGCCCUACCCCGAUCACUUGCAACAACCUCGGCUUCGAUUGGGCCUACUAUAGCAACCCGACCCAGAAUACUAAUACCACCUACUCGAACUUUCAUCCUGAUUCAUUCAAGAAAAAUACUCCUGGUCCCAUCUACGGCUCAGCGAUAAACCUUAACCUAGACUACUUCGCCCUAAACCACCACGGCUACAUCUACGCCUAUGAAACAGGAACAUACCAGUUCAACAUCCCUUACGCCAAUGACGCUAUUUACCUAUGGCUUAGUGCUAAGGCCUAUAUUAGCUAG